CUCAAAGCCAGUUUCCAUUGAGCAACGAAGCAGUCCAGUCUGCACGGUUCUCCAACAUUCAAGAUGGCUAAGACAAUGUACCUUUGCUGGAUUCUCCAAUACACCUGCUGCCUCCUUGUAUACUCACACCUAGCUAUGGAAGAAAAAUUCCCAGAAACUCCACAGAUCAAGAAUAUUUCUGAUCUCCAUCCUGAGAAGCAAUCCAAGUACACUGGCAUCUCCAUAGUAGAACUGCCAAACAGUAGGAAAAUAAAUUUCAGAAGAGAUGGUGGAAGAAUGAGCCCCAGUCAACACAAAAAAAACAACGGGAUUGCAAUGGUCCAUAAGGUGAAGAAGCUAAGGCCAUACAAUGGUCAUUGUGUGCAGCUCUGGGGAAUGUGUCUACCGCCAUCUCCACCAUGUUGCAACCCUUGUGCCUUCUGCCACUGCCGUUUUUUCAAUACUGUCUGCUAUUGCCGGAAGCUGAAUGCCAAGUGUCUGGAUAGAACAUAAGCAGUUUGUCUCAUAAUUUAAAAAAAAGCACAGCCGGCCCGCUUAUAAAAUGAACAAAAAAUAAUAUGCAUGCCUUCUUUUUGGUUAUUGUCAGUUUGGAUUAUGGGUAAAGA